AUGGGGGUCAUCAGCGACAGCUUCAACAUUCUUUAUCUCGGCAUCGCCGCUGGGAUAUACUUCAAACCGGAGUAUGCCAUAUACAGCUCGAGAAUUCUGACGUUUACCAUCUUCCUCGGAAUUAUCUCUGUAUCAAAACUUAUCUAUCGGCUGGUGCUAUACCCCGACUACUUCACUCCGUUAAAGCAUAUUCAUUCUCCUCCGAACCGAAGCUGGCUCACCGGCAAUUCUCCAAGUUUCUUGCUCGAAACUCCCUACCCGCAGCUAAAGGAGUUUGUCAAAACCAUGCCCAAUCAAGAUCUUCUCCGGUACUAUAUUGUCGGGAAUCUUGAGAGAGUGUUUCUGACAAGCCCCAAGGCGUUGGGCGAGAUCCUUGUCACCAAAGUUUACGAUUUCGAGAAACCCGAAUUGAUCCGGCAGAGCCUGCGGCGGAUUACAGGAGAUGGAGUCCUACUUGCUGAAGGCGAUGAACACAAGACUCAACGGAAGAACCUCAUGCCAGCUUUUUCCUAUCGCCACAUCAAGAAUCUCUAUCCUGUCUUUUGGGCCAAGAGCGUCGAAAUGGUUAAGAUGAUUGAGCAAGACCUGGAAGGUAGAAAAGCCAGCGGAAACAAGGACAACACAGUCCAAAUCAGCAAUUGGGCCAGUCGAGCAACCCUAGACAUCAUCGGUGUUGCCGGUAUGGACCAUGACUUCGACUCUCUCCGUGAUCCCGACAACACCCUCAACCAAUCCUACCGCCAAGUCAUGUCCUCCCCACCCAUCUUCAUGAAAGCACUCUUUGUGGUCGGCAUGCUAUUUGGUAGACCGGCCUGGGUCCACCGUCUACCAACAAAGCGCAAUAAAGAAAUCAAAGAGAGCGGCGAGGUCAUCCGCAACGUCGCACGGCAAAUGAUCCGACAGAAGAAAGCGAAAAUGCAAGAUCCCAAAUCCGAGACUAGUAUUGACAUCAUCUCGGUCGCAUUGAGCAGCGGCACCUUUGAUGAAGAGAACCUCGUAGACCAAUCCAUGACCUUCCUCGCCGCAGGCCACGAGACAACAGCGACUGCCCUGCAAUGGGCUGUUUAUGCACUCUGCAAGAACCCGUCCGUCCAGACUCGUCUGCGUGUUGAAGCCCGUGCCAAUCUUCCUUCGCUCGAUGAUCCGACUCCAAUCUCCGCAGCCGCAGUCGACAAUCUGCCCUAUCUGAAUGCCUUCUGCAACGAGGUCCUCCGCUUCUACCCUUCUGUGCCGAUCACGAUCCGCAAGGCAAUUCGUGAUACGACUCUCGCUGGCAAGCACAUCCCCAAGGAAACACUGUUCUUCCUCUCUCCGCAGAUCCUCAACCGAAUGGAAGAGUUCUGGGGACCAGACGCCAACGAGUUCAACCCGGACCGAUUUAUGGGUCCUGGUAAGGCCAACACCGGCGGUGCGGUCAGCAACUAUGCCUUUUUGACGUUCUUGCAUGGCCCUCGCAGCUGUAUCGGACAGGGCUUUGCGAAGUCGGAGCUUGCUUGCUUAGUUGCUGCUAUCGUUGGUCGGUUCCAGAUGGAGUUGAAGUUCCCUGAUGCCAAAUUGGAGAUUCGGGAGGGGGCUACUGUUUCACCAAAGGAUGGGGUCCUUGCCUUGCUUACGCCAUUGAAGGGGUGGUAG